AUGGCAUCAGCAGCUGAUGUGGAUCUUCGCACUUUCUCCCCUUCCCAUGCCUCCAUCCCUCCAACCUCCCCCUCCAACCUUUCCGCCACCCACCCUACUUCCACCCUCCCCGCUUCCAUUCACCCCUCUUCCUCUCACCAUGCUUCCACUCACCCCACUUCCACCACCUCCCACCGAUCCUUCCUCCGAUCGGCUGACGGAACCUUUGAGGCGUCUCAAAAGUCCGCCGGCCACCGAUCGUUCCUGAGAUCGGCUGACGGCACACAGAAGGCCAACCGUGCCGCUUCUGCUGUUGCUGCCGGUCUUGCUGCUGCUGCUGGCGCGGCUGCUGGUGCUGCUGCUGGUGUGGCUGGUGGUGUGGCUGGUGUGGCUGCUGGUGUGGCUGGUGGUGUGGCUGGUGCUGCUGCUGGUGUGGCUGGUGGUGGUGGUGGUGGAGGCAGGAGCAAGAGCAGCUCAGAGGGGUGUAGAGUGGUGAAGCUAGGUGAGGAGGGGCGAGAGGUAGUAGCUGGGUCAAGCCGAGGUGAUGCGAUAGGGUCGAGUGCGGUUGAAAUGGAAGGGGAAGUUCCCUUGGUGGUUUCGGGCAGAAGUAAAAGUGCGGUGUAUGGAAGGAGCUUAGAGAAAGGUGAGGAGGGGUCGGGGAGUGGGAGGCGCCGGGCAUCUGAAGUUCUCCAGGCUGCCCGGUGGGCAGCAAGACAUGCGAAUGCACUGAAGCAGGCCGAAAAAGCAGCGCAGGCAGGAGGAGGAGAAGCAGUAGCAGCAGAAGAAGGAGCAGGAGGAGGAGGAGCAGGAGCAGAGGGAUUAGUAGGAGCAGGAGGAGAAACAAGGUUAAGGGAGCGAACAGGAGGAGAGGGAGUCACGGAAGCAGCAGCAGAAGCAGGAGAUGGGCCUGUUGGUGGUGUAAAACAGCCGCCUAUGCAUUACUGGGUGCCUUUGAAGGGUGACGAUGAGGAGGAGGAGGAGGGGGGUGAGGGCGAGGGUGAGGAGGAGGAGGAGGACGAUGACAGUGAUGCUGCUGCCACGCCAACAUUCGCAGCAGCAAGAACCGGUGCAGCGCAGCAGCAGCAGCAGCAGCAGCAGCAGCAGCAGCAGCAGCAGCAGCAGCAGCAGCAGCAGCAGCAGCAGCCGCACAGCCCAGCAGUGGCAGCCCAGGGCCGCCCCCGUGCAAGGUCGGAAGGAAGCUUGCAUUCCAAGGGGGACGUUUCCGAGCCGACCCUUGUAGUAAAACCCCCCCAAAGGGUUCCUUCUGAGUGCUUUCAAGGGGGAAGCUCCUCCUCCUUCUCCCCCUCACACCCCUCACCCCCCUCACCCCCUUCCCCCUCCUCACCCACCUCACCCUCCUCUCUCCCUGUCCACAAGGCGCGCACCCUUCCCUCCUCUCAAGCUUUAUCCGAGCUCAACCGGCGGGCAGAAUGGGACUUACACGGAGUUAAAACCGCCCCGGAACUAAGGGUGCUAGCACGGCAGUCCUCAGAAGGAAGGAUCCUGGAAAGUGCUGGGAUGGCAGAUGGGAUGAGGCAGGGAGAUGCGGAAGGGGUGGGGCUUGAUCGGAGAGCAAGUGUUGCUGCUACUGCUGCUACUGCUGCUGCUGCUCUUGCUGCUGCUCCUGCUGCUGCUACUGCUCGUCCUGCUUCUACUUCCACGCGCUCUGCUGCUACAGAAGCAGCAAGAGGAGGAGAAGCAGCAGGAGGAGGAGGAGGAGGAGGGGGAGUAGCAGCAGCAGCCAAUGCCGCUGCAGGUGCAUGGGCCUCUCGCCGGUCCCCAUCCCCCAUAUUAGCUGCUGCGAUGCGAGCAUCAGCAACCCUAGAGUUACAGAAGCAGCAGCACCAGAGCCUUAUGAACGUUAGGAACAACAGAUUUUCCUCCUCCUCGUCUUCCUUGCAGCCCUCCUCUGCCUUUACCUCCUCUUCCUCCUCUGCCUUUCCUGUAGCCACCACCAAGUUAACCGCCUACUGCUCCCCUGUCGUCCGCACUCCCACUUCCCUUACUCCCACGAUCUCCAGUAUCGGCCGGCUGUCGAGCGAUCUCGGCCCUUCAUUCGACUCGUCAGAUCUCGCUGCUGCUGUGGCUGCUGCUGCUGCGUCUGGUGGUGGGAUGAGGGGGAGAAGCAGGGGCGUGGGCAUGGGUAUGGGUCCCUCCCCGUUUGUUGCCCGUGCUGCUGCAACUAUGCAGAAGGGAAAUGCCUGCCAGCGGCGGUAUGGUGGUGGUGGCGCUGCUGCUGCUGCUGCUGCUGCUGCUGGUGCUGCUGGUUCUGCUGCUGUUGGGUCAGCCACAGGCCCACUCUCCCCCUCGUUCCUCACCCACUAG